UCGUCUCGUCUCUCCCUCUCUCUUUUUUAAAACCUGACCCGCAACAUCACCCUCGCCUUCUCUCUUUCUUCCGGCUUCCUCUUCCUCUUCCCUCCUCGCACCCACCUCACCUCACCUCCCUCUUCUCAUGGUCCUCAUGGCCGCCUCCGCCUCCGCCGCCGCCUCCGACCACCACACGGCGCAGGCGAAAUCCUCCCCCUCGGCGGCUCCCCCGGCCGGCUCCGCCACCCGCACUCGCCUCCACAGCUUCUCCUUCCCGACCACCUUCGGUUGGGGCACCCAUCGCCUCCUCCGCUGCUCCAAGAACGGGGACUCCGCUCCCGCCUCCGCCUCGCCUCCGAAGCAGCCGCACACCCCGUCGCCGGAGAAGGGGCAGGAGACCUCCGCUGGCGGCGCCUCUCGGCCGUCGCGGCCUUGGAACCUCCGCACACGCCGCUCCGCCACCGUGGCGCCCGACGCGUCGAGAUCGGAGGCCGCGGGGAAGAAGGCGGCGGCGGCGGCGGGAGGAGGGCAGGCGCUGCUGCACCCGCCUGCGCCGUUGCCGGUGGUCGCCAAGAAGAGGGGCUUCUCCGUUGCGCUCACCAGGGAGGAGAUCGUCGCCGACUUCAUCGCCAUCCGCGGCACGGCGCCGCCGCGCCGGCCCAAGAAGCGCCCGCGCGCCGUGCGGCUCGAGCUUGAUCGGCUGUAUCCCGGAUUAUCGCUGGCGGACGUGAACCUGGAUUCGUACAAGAUCGUCGAGGAGAGGUGAUUGGCGCCAGCGCGGUGAAGUCUGCAAAUGAGAGCAACUUUUCAGAUGUUCCCAUGUUUUGCUUUUUUUUCUUCUGACGGCUAACAUGUCCAUCCAAUAAUUAUGUUGGUUCUUCUAGAUCAGAGGAUGGAUAUAGAUUUUAUGGUUGAUUGUGAAUAGGUUUUCUAAUUAGAAGAAAGGUGGAAUCGUAUGCGAUGUUUGUGCCCUGUGGCAUAUGUGGUGUGAUGUUUGGUUAGCUGUCAUGUUAUGUACAUGGUUUCAGUCUGUGAAAUAUUUCUUUCGGUGCAAAUCGCUUCAACUCUGCAAGUUGUUGGCUGUGAUA